AGUACCCUGCUUAUGCUCUGUCCUCUGGUUCUGCCAUUCCAGGAGGUGGGAUUGUUGUGGGAACAUCCUCAGGAACUGUUUACUUUAUGAAAAGCUCCUUAAAUGAACCUUUGUCCCUUAGUACCAUGGACAGUGUACCUGGCCAAGUAAGUAAAUAUUUGAAUCCCCUUAAUCUAUGAUAAGUACAUGUUGAGCUCCAGGCUGGAAACUUCUAGUUUAGUACAAAACCUUUUUGUGAAGUGUUUAUUUUUUCUCUUGAAUUGGAGACCUAUCUUUUGCUGAUAUUUAUUACUUCUGUGUAACUUGUACAAAUGACUAGAAUUUAAAAUGAAUCUUGAAUUAAAAUGUAAAGGUCAUGAGAAUAAUUGAAAUGAUCACCAAUUAUUAGAAGCCAGUCACUCUAAGGGGUUUUGAUACUGAUAGCUGCUGAUUAUAUACAUCUGGGCAAUUGCAAUACAGGUAUCCUUAUUUAAAUAUAUCAUUUUCAGGUCAUUAUAUCAGAUGUGAAUCAAGAUGGCUUAUUAGAAAUUCUAGCAAUAGACAACAGUGACAAUAUUGCUUGCAAGGAUCUUAAUGGGAAAAUGGUUUGUGCUGUUAUCUUAAUUUCCUCUCUGAUAAAAUGAAAUGUCAUUGAUACGUUACAUUCUGCAACAAACAUUUAUGUUCCCCCAUAGAAUUCUAUUUUAGACCUUCAUUUUGAAGCCUUUUGGAGAUGCAGUAGACUAUUUGAAUCUCUGAUGGGCCCUUUAUUUUAGAGAUUUGUUCCAACAAACAAAUUGCUGUAGAUGGCAUUAGAUAUUUGAGUCUUGGAGUUGGUCCACUUGCCUAGAUCAAACCUUUUCCUUCUCAAGAUCUGACAUCAGCAUGUUUGAAAUUCUCUUAACUGAUGAUCCAACAGUCCCUUUUCAACACAUGUUGAUAGGUCAUUGUUGUACAGUGUGUAUCAUGAAAAUGUGCUUUGACUGAUUAGUUUUUACUUCUCUGUCUACCUGAUCAUUUGCAAGUGCAAAGAAUUUAGCAAAAACUUUAGUUUGGCUAUAAUUCACACAUGAUGAUGUUCCUAACAGUUUAACUCCCAAGAUCUGAUUGGUAAUUUCUCCCUCUAGCUGCUACACAUUUCCUUUAAAAUUAGUAAAGAGAAUAUGGUGUUAGAAUACAAAAAACAACUUCUAUGUGAUAAGUUUAAGUACUCGCAUUAACUUUUUGCUAGAUAGUGUAUGGAUAUUAUAGGGAGAAGUUACCUCUCAAUCACUUCUGGGAGUUAAAGGGUUAAUUCUCAUUACAUGAUUACAGUAUAGUGUUUAGGAAUUAUAAUAAGAAUUCACAUACUGGUUAUUUCUGAGCAUGGAAUGGUUAGAGCAGUGCAGCCAACUCCCCCUAAGAAAAGAGCAAUCAGGAAGGAUUCUAAUUGUCCAUCUUAGACAGGUGUCUUUGUUUCAGUGACUCCUAAGUCUCAGUAACACAGAAGGACAUUGAGAGUCAUCCAUAAAGGAAAAAGUUGUCAAAGAAUGAAGGGAACUCAUUAUCUCCUAGGGCUGAUUCCUAAUGACCAUAAAAGGAGGUUUGACCUCCCUACAGAGGUUACCAUAAAGAGAGAGUUGUCUGUAUUUUUUGAUUACAUUUAAAUUUCAGUGUUUAACCCUUUCUGCUCCCAGAAGUAAUUGACAUGUUACUUCUCCCAAUAAUAUUAAUACAUCAUCUAGCAAAUAGCUACUGAGAAUACUCAAACUUAUCAAGUAGAAGUUGUUAUCUUUGUUAACACCCAAUUCUUCAUAACUAAUUUACAAGAAAAUGUUACCAGUGAGAAGGGAUAAUUAACAAUCAGAUUUUUGGAGUUCAAGUGUUAACAUUUCGUUUAGGUGUGGGAGGCCACAGUUUCCAGUUCAAGUGCUUCAGGAAUCCGUGUUGCUGAUGUGGAUGGAGAUGGUUUUAUGGAAGCUGUUGUUGCUACGUUUGAUCAUAGUUAACCGAUUAACUAUGGUUUGAUGGGUGAGUUGGACUGUAAAAUUCACCUUCAAUACAACAAGCCAUUCAUAUGGUAUUUAUGAUUGAGAAAAAAACAUCGCUAUCGAAUCUGUUCUAUUACAUGUAAAUUUUGUUUUUUCCUCGGUGAGUCUUUGUGAAACGUGAAGAUUACGAUGCACUGGUACAUGUAGGGAGAACUCACUUGAUAGGAAAGUGCGACAUAUUAGAACCUCCAUCCCUUCACUAGGUCUGGAUGAAAAACAGGUCUAAGAAAUUGCACAAUGAACAAAUCAGAAGGGAAAAAAGAUAAACAAAAACCUUUUUCGUGAAAUUGUGAUGUACCUCUGACGAACACCAGCUGGAAAAAUAUACGGCUUUAUUUCUUAAAUUGGCUUGUGUCAAUCGCAUGCGAAAUCAUUAUUUAGCAUGUUUACAAUAGGGACACGUAAUUCAAUUUAUCAAGCUAUAACUAUAACACGUGAUGUACUUAAAACAGGUAUCUAUGGGUUCUAGAAGGAGACAGUGGUAAGGUACUGGACGGAUGGCCUGUCAAAUUACCAAGUGAAGUACGAGCCACAGUUCUGGUUACUAAAAUAGUUCCUGGAGAAAGUUGUGUUGCAGAUAUAGUAAGUAACCUUUGAAUCGCGAAGAUUUUGCCACAUUACGAAGAUCACCUGCUACCCAAGUGAAGUGCGAGACACAGUUCUGGUUACUAAACUAGUUCCUGGAGAAAGUCAUAGCUUCUCUCCGUGUCUAAAAACGUGUUUUUUAUGUGAAUUUCUAUGAAUAAAGGUAACCAUGAAACAUGGAUUAGAGCCAUGCAUCUUAAGGAGAAGCAGGUCAAGUUGCCCCGUGUUAUCACUAUGUGACAAGUUGAUCCACAUCCUUCCUUAGGUAGUUCCCCUGGUUAAUGGCCAGAUGGCGAUCAUACGGGGUAUUGAUCGCUGCACAGAACUGAUCAAUGUUGGUAAGACUGAGCUGGUGAGUGCAGUUAGCGCUGUGGGAGGACAGGUUGGAGCUGGUGCUAGGGGCUGA